ACUGUGAAACUUGAGUCGGGAUGAAGACUGUGCGCUGGAUCCGGCUGCCAGUGCAGAUGCUGUUCGUCAGAGAGGGAGAGAGAGGAGGUGCAUGAUGGAUCCCGUCCCACUGCUGCUCAUCAUAGUCACGUCUGUGCCGCUGUGCUCGGCCGUCUACACCGGGCCCCUCCAGCCGGAGAUCUCCAACGGCACUUUCCAUCACUUCUUUGUCCCUGACGGGGAUUAUGACGCCACUGAAGACCCGGAGGAUUGCCAGAUGCUGUUUAAAUUCUCGGAUGUGUAUCCAUGUGGGGCAUCCGAGGAGAGGGACUCCGUGGUGAGGGACGACUUCAUCAUCACCAAGCUGCAGGCGGAGGACGCGGCGCGCCUGCUGGAGGGCAUCGGCCGCACCGUUACGCACGACCUGGACGGAGAGGACAGCUACGGGAAGCUCCUCCGGCGGGAGAUCUCACAGAUCGGAGAGGCUUUUUCGGGCGUGGGCAAAUCUCUGCUGGAGCUGGAAGUGAAGUUCAAACAAAGUCAAGAGACUGAGCUGAGAGAGGAGCAACAGCUGAACGGCCAUGUGAUGAAGCAAGUGGGGGACGUCCGGGGAACUCUGAGGGAAACUACGGGCAUCUCUCAGGGACUGAAAGAUAAACAAGAGCUGCUGUCUCUCAUCAUUCGCAGCCAUGGCACCAGACUGAGCCGCCUGAAGACAGAGUAUCUAAAUGUUGGCUCAUAGUGGGCUAUUGAAAGUGUGUGUGAGAGUGGGACCCUCCAGUUCAACAAACAGCUGGAAAGUUAAUUGUGGUUUAUGAAUAUCCUUCCUUGAAUAUGUCUGACCUUUUCGGCUAUCCCCAUUCCUUGGACAUGUGUCAUUAAAGGGAGCUCUAACACACACAUCCAGACAUUCCUCUGAGUCAGGAGGGGAAAAGGAAAUGUGAACAUUAAUUAUGUUUGUGUGGAGCCCUUUGUGCCACCUCUGAGGAAGAGUUUUAAGAGAGUGUGAAAAUAAAAGCUUUCAGCCUCUGUAUCAAUAUUAUGGCUAUAUCUUUUUUAAAUAAUGUUUUUACAAUUGUAGGUAAUUACUGAUCAAAUGUUAUUAUUCAUCACACAUCUUACUAUUACUUUUAAGCAACAUGUUUCAGUGUCUUUAACAAUUAAAAAUGUUGACGUCAAAACGUUUUUCAUGUCAUAUUCACAUGUUUGCUACUGGAUAUUUUACUAGUUUGUCCUGAGACACACACACUGCCAUACAGUGGUGUAUUUUACAAACCAUCGCUCUUCUUUGAAGCUUGAGGUUUACAUAAAGAGUUAAAAAACCUUUUGAAAUCUGAACUUUUGACUUUCGGCAGUUGUGUCUUUACGUCACCAUGUUUUGAUGUUGGCACUAUGAGUGGCAGACUCAACCGUCCUCUCAAGUGGCCCUGGUUAAUUGGCGUCUGAAGUCUGUUAUUGCCUCCCACUUCCAUCUGGAAGUCAUCUACUCAAGUAUGAAGAAUGUUUGUCCAAAAGUGGCCACUGUUGUCAUUAUCUUUGUCUUUCAUGAUCUAUAAAAUUUGUGGUUUAUAUGAAAAGUGUGGUUUGGGAUGAUGUAAUUUUACUAAAAUAGACUUAUAAAUGAUAUACAGCUUGUUUAAAUCUCUAAGAAAUAUAUCCUCUCUUGCUCUCCUGCUGUGUCAACAUACAACAUCUUAUUUCAGCCCCUUGUU